AGAACUUCUUCAUCAGAGCCCAUAUCUCAGAUAUCAGUCUACCGCGCUCGUGUAGUUGUGGAUGCUUUACUGGAUGCAAGGAGGACUAAACGCAACAUGUUCAUCAGUUAGACAUGCAUCUUAUUCCAGAUCCUCUGCUGCACAAACUGACAGCGGCGUAUGUUUUUCAGUGGGAGGAAAAGUUUUCUUCUGUCUAAUCAAGGGAGUUUUUGUUCUAAACCAAAAUCAUGUUCACAACCUACAUAAAGAAUCUGAAUGAUAUGGUAUUUUCUACGUCUGAAAGCCCCGAGGAGCAGCCGAGCACUGGGGUCUUGGGCCGUAUUGGGAGCUGGUUCUCUCCGUGGAGAGGAAAGGGUCCGAAGAGUCCUGCUGAAAAUGCCUCUCCAACUAGUGAUCAGGCUCUUAAGUCAGAGGGAGUAGAGGAGAGUGAGGACUUUGUGAAACCCCCGGCAAGGGAACAACAGUGGGAGGAGGAGAAGGAACAGAGCUCCAAUCCCAAUCCACUGGGUCUCUCCAAACACAUUUUCCCCUGUGUGGAGCAGGACGCCACGCAGUCUGCCCACAGAGACGGCUCCGUUGUGAGCAGCACUGAGACACCAGAAGGAGGUCCAAGAGAGGAGGAGUUUGUGGGGAGCAGGAAGAAGAGAAUAGGGCAGGGCAAGGAGAGGGAGGAGAGCAGCAACGGUACUUCAGCGAGCGGGAAUCCUGAGAGGAAUGCCAGUCAUCUGACACAUCUCUCUUCCUCUUCUGAGCAGGGAGUGGCAUGGGAGUCUGACCAGGCCCACACUGAGCCUCAGGGCCAUAGACAAGCACAGACCAAGACAGGCAGGAGGCUCCAUGUGUACCUGGAGGAGACCAGUGUGAUUCAAUGUGGCCAAGACGCUCGUGAUGGACAGGAAGUUGUCCGCACUGAAAUCACAAAAAACAUACAGGUCCUCCCCAAGGCAAAGUCAUCACCAACUUUUAAUUCACCAAAGAGCUCAAGUUCAACAAGUGCAGAGAACAAAAGGACAAAUGUGAGGGCCGCUGUUGGGACGCAGAGUUAUUACAGUACACUAGUGGGAGUGUCACUGAAAUCACAAUUCGAGCCUGAACCUGAUAAAGAACAAACAGACAGCAUGGGGCGUAAAAACGCAGCAAAAAGGAGAGUAAGGAAGAACUCUCAAGGAGAUGGAGGGAACAGCCCCCUUGAAAAAAUGCCUCCCAAAGCUGGACCUGUCCCAGAGGGAUUCCCUACAUCAGAUAACUCAGUGACCAGCCCUAAGGGCAAAAGUCCAAAGUCUCACAUGGGAGAGUCAUCUAUAAACUCCUCCUCCAAGAACAAUGCAACCUCUCAGCCCUCACCUGGAGGAGUGGAGAGUAAGAAUUCUUGCCCCGAUACAGUCAAGCAGUUGGACAAGUUCCAGGACUCAAACUCAGUCACUGCAGCCACUCUGGCAUGUGUGGUUGAUGGGGCUGCAGACAUGGAGGAUGAUGACAGUCUUUACAAAGUGGAAAGGAAGACAGAAACGCCAGAGUCCAAACGCAGGAGUCUUAAGGUUUCUCGAAGUGAGGUGAAGCUUUUCACAAAAAAUGUGCCUUUGAAUCCUAAGGAAAGUCCAGCUGGAGACAACCAGGAUAUUAAAUCAACCUUAAAGAGUACCAAAGAUGAAGCUAAGGACAAGCCCAAAACAGAGAUUGAUGCAAGACUUCCCAGCCUGAAGAAAAUAGACGAGGAGCAUAAACCAGUCGUUGGCCGGAUCUCAGAUAAAAUCAGCCUCUUCGAGCGCUCUGCAACGGGAAUAAACAAGCAGGCCUUCCAAACCCCGAGGAGUGCCGAUGUCUCUCCAGUCAGGAUAGCCACAGAGAGGCUGAAAGCAAGCUUUGUGUUGUCAGAACAAAGGUCAAGAUCAGCUGAACGUUAUGACACAGCCAGGUCCAACUCUACGUCUCCCGCCAGGGAGAGGCCGCUGACGAUCAAGGAGCGAGCGAGGAACUUCACAAAGGCAUGCAAAACAGACGCACUGCCUCAAAAGCCUGCCAUGACUGGAAUGUCUCAAGAAUCCACGCUGUCUGAGGCAGUUGCUGCAACAAAGUCACCAAGACUGGACAAUCAGGAUAAACUGGAUACUAAUGAGCCAACACAAACAAACAUAGUGUCAGAGAUAACAUUAAAACCAGAUCAACGGGAUACCACUUCUGUAGAGGGAAAGAUUUCCAUUCCUAAAGAACAACCACCAGAUUCCAAAGCAAAGAAUGUAGUGGUCCCAAAAACAGCAGAUAAGGGUACGAAAGCUAACAGCGUUGAAACAAAUGUUCAAGCUAAAGGGCCAGGUGAUUCUGCAGAACUGUCCAAUAACAUCAGCCUAGAGUCCAAAGGCCCUAGCAGAACAGGGUCCCGCUCUAAAAGAAGAAGAAGUAAGGAACCAACGAAUCCCAUUAGCCCAAAUAGUGAAAACAACCCACAGUGCUCUACAAGUCAGCCACAGGUCACUGCCAUAAAACAAGAAAAGGUGGAUGGUACAGAGGAGACUGCCUCUGCCUCCCAACAACUCACAGAGGAAGUCUCAUUACCAUCUGAGAAAGCCGAGGGAAACCCAUCAGAUAAACAGUCUUUGUCUGAUACCAAACAGGAACCAUUUAUAAAGGAACCAAAGGUGUUAGACAAAGAGGAGAAACUGUUAGAUUCUUCAUUUAAAAAGGAGAAUAUUGGUAAACCAGUCAACAAACAGGAACCUGAACCAUCUGUCAACAAAGACGAACCCGAUACUGCUGCUUGUAGCAGUGGAACAAAGAUGCCUAUUGACAAGGAUCCCGUUAUUUUAUCCCAAAAGGAGGAAAAGGCAGGGGGACAUAGCCUCUCAUUUACACAGAAGAGGGAAAGGGCCUCCAAGGACAGAAGAGAAAUGACAGACUCCUCCCCCUCACCUGUGGUUGUGCAGCCUGUUGAGAAGACUCCUUUGCAGGAGCAGGAGCCACCUGUUAAACAUCCCAAAUUAGAUAAAGAAUUGUCAAUGAAAUCUGAACCAAAAAGUAAAGGGAAAAUAAUAUUACCCAAUAAAAAAGACACGAGUCAAACACAGCAACCCCAACACAAGCAUACAGAACUAAUAAAUCAGGCUGAGAGUAAAGAUGUGGAGAAAUUAGAAAAGGUGAAGAGUGAAAAAACUAAUCAGAUUGAGAAGAAAGGCAAAGAGAAACCACAGCAGCUCCAGACUUCAGAUAAAAAUACCACAAAAGCCAAGGUUUCAGACAGGGGGCAAGGUAUCUCAGGGACAGAGGGGGGUGUAGCUAGGGAUGAUGAAAGAAAAAAUGCUGAAAGAAAAGAUAAGACAGAGCCGGUGAAAGAUGAAAGAAAACAAGAAACCAACCAGCCAGAAUCACCCCCUGAGUCUUUAGAAAAGACAUCAUCGGACCUCCCUGCCCAAACACAACAAGUCAGUGAGACGACUACAUAUCCACAAAAAGCUGCCACCCUGACUAAUGAGGCUGUGAGUGGAAAACAGAGUGACAAAGAGCCUCCGAAAAGAGACACAGCAAACACUGUGCCUACUGAGUUGCAAACAAAGUCUACAGAAAGCCCUGGAACAGAAACCGGGUCAGUGGUGAUUGUGGCAGAACUACAGCCUGUUUCUGUAUCUGUGGAAAAAACGGAGAAAACACAAGAUGACUCAUGUACACGUGGAGCUAAUGAUGCUGAGUUCUCCAGUGCAAAGCCUAUUACCAAAGCAACUACAGCAGCAAAGGAAGUGACUGUAAAAGCAGCUAAUGACACUCCAACCCUGAUAACUGCACAGUCUGACAGUGCGGCAGAGAAAAAAUCAUCUGUCAAAGAACCUACUCCAAUUUCUGUCUCUAAAUCUGUGAGCAGCGAUGUAGCUGGGCAGGAUGAUGGGACAAAAAAUACGACUGUCAAAUCAAUGCCCUCUGAAGUCAAAAUCUCAGGAGAGAUCAUGAAACUCACUCCUAGUCUCCCACAGUGUGAGGCAUCAAAAAAUACAGCGAGCACUAAUGAUAUCACUUCACUCAAGGGUGCUGAAAAAAUAGCACAGCAACCAGCUAAUAGCACCGCUUCUAGGUCCACGGUUAAUGUGGUAGAGAAGACAGCUGAGAAAACAUUCCAGCCCCCAAUGAAUGAACUUUCACCUGUUGCUAAUGGUGAUAUCUCUCCACUUCCACUCCACACUGUCAAAAACGAACUUGUCAAAAACAAGCCUAGUCAAACUCCAAAGGCAACCACUUCCCUCGAUGCUAAUAAGCUGAUCCCAGACUCAAUGCAGCGUUCAUCCAUGAAGAAGCUCCAUUUGCCACGGGGACUAAGCAAAGAUGAUUCUGCAACACGGCAAGAUGCCCCCUCGAGCUGGUUGGAUGUGGACUUUCCCAAACGGAAACUUAAAGUCCCAGUGUGCAAACUGAGCUCCUCUGGGAGUGAGAGCAACCUUCUGGACACUUCCGGUGAGCUAGAUGAUGAUGAUUUCAUUGAGAAAAUCAAGAAUCUUUGCGCCCCGUUCUCCCUCCCACCACGUAAACACAACAUACUCCGGCCACCUCAGCCGCCAUUUGCGAUGCCUGCCAUCAAGGAGGACCGCUUUGAGAAGACAUUUGACCCUGAGGAGUUUAAGUUUGGCUUGAGGAAGAAGAAUAAGUUCACCGUAGACUCAACUCCGAGCGUCUUAGCCAAGCUCCAGAACACAGAGGCAAAAUCUGGCCUAAAGCCUGCCAGGGCUAGUUUGGCAGACAGGAGCAUGCUGCUCAGUAGCCUGGACACUCACUCUCGCCUCAGGGACAAGACUUUGGCGGGGGCCAAAGAUGAAGAGGAUGUCAAGGAAGAGAAAGAUGACCAGAUCAAGGUGAAGUCUCGCUUGGAAGGGAGCUGUGUCCUCAGCAGCCUCUCGUCCUCCAUCCUCAGAGGAAAGAGAAAUGGAGUUCAAACGCAGGCCGAAGGCACCAACUCUGGGGAUGUGUCACCUAGUGAAGCCCCCCAGCUAAGCCCUCCACCUACAACCCAGCCGCCCCCACCAAGCCCGACUGCCACAGCUCCACUCCAAGACACACAGGGCAAGCAGAGCCCUGCCCAGAGCAACAGAGAGGAAGUCCAGGCUGCGGAGGCUGUGGUCAGUGACUCAGGUCCUCCACUUCCCUCCUUUAACGACAUCAAGCUGCCUGACUAUUUAGAGAAGUACCUCCCUCGAGAACCAGCGAAACCAGUGCAGAGCAUACAAGGGCAGGAGCAAGUCAAAACUGAGAUUAUUGGAAAAAUGACAACUCCAGCUCAUGGAGCUGAAGCAGACCAGAAACCAGGUCCGGUGCUUCCUGAUGCUGUGCCUCCAUGCUUCCCUGGGAUUCCUCCAACCACACACCCUACACUCCCCGAGCUUAAGAAGCCUCUGGUUAAGCCACAGGGGAUACUUAGUAAUACUAUAAGAACUGCCAAGGGAUUUCACAAGCGCCCUGGAAAGAUGGUGUUGUUUGAGAAAGCUCAGUUCAGUGGCCAGGUGUAUGAGAUUUACAGGGAUGUGACAGAUGCUACCUCUCUGCAGUUCUCACCUCUCAUAUCGGUGAAGGUUGUUAGAGGAUGCUGGUUGCUCUAUGAGAAGCCUGACUUUCAGGGACGCUCCAUUGCCUUGGAGGAGGGGGGCAUUGAAUUGACGAAUGUGUGGGCAGAGCCGGAGCUGGAGACUGAACCACAUAGCAACCAACCACCAAUGCAGAUCGGCUCUAUUCGACUUGCUGUCUGGGAUUACAGCAUCCCUCAUAUUGAUCUGUUUACUGAACCAGAGGGCCUCGGCAGAGUAACACCUUACCAGGAUGACACAAUAGAGACGGGCUCAUUUGGCAUCCCACUGAGCACUGCUUCCAUUCAAGUGCACUCUGGGGUGUGGCUGGUGUUCAGUGACCCGGGCUUCCAGGGCAUGCUAGCUGUGCUGGAGACAGGAGUGUACCCUUUCCCUGAGACCUGGGGCUUUCCGUCACCGUUUGUUGGAUCUCUUAGACCACUUAAAAUGGGUGGUUUCAAAGUGGAGAAUCCCAAUGAAGUCAAGGCUGUGGUGUAUGAGAAGCCUGGCUUUGAGGGCUCCAGCUUGGAAAUCGACAGUGAUGUUUUCUGCUUUUGUGAAAGUGAAACAGGUCUUUCUGCAGAUGGACCAAACCUUGACUCAAAGAAACUCAAGUCUGUGGGUUCUUUAAAGAUCCUCGGAGGACUCUGGGUGGGCCACAGCGAGCCUGGGUUUGAGGGGCAGCAGCACAUCCUGGAGGAAGGAGAGUACCUGGAUGCAAGCGACUGGGGAGGCACGGAGCAGCUCCUGUCACUGCAACCAAUACUGGCUGAUUUCUUGUGUCCACACCUCAAAAUGUUCAGCGACAGAGACUUUGGCGAUCUGGGAGUCAACAUUGACCUCACGGUGCCUAUUAUUAACAUGGAUGUCACAGGCUAUGGCAUGAAGACGCAGUCAAUUGAUGUCAUCGGUGGCGUCUGGGUUGUGUUUGAAGAGCCGGGCUUUUGUGGCGAGCCCUACAUCCUGGAGAAAGGCCUGUAUGGAAGCCCGGAGGACUGGGGGGCGCUACAGCCCAGAAUCGCCUCAGCAAUGCCUAUUGUGCUGGAUGAUUUUGAGAACACAGCCAAGUUUAAGGUGCAGCUUUUUUCUGAACCAGGUUUUCAAGGCUCUGUCCUUGCUCUGGAGGACAGUGUGGCCUCCCUGCAGGAAGGCUUCUCUGUGGCCUCCUGCAAGGUUCUGGCUGGCAGCUGGUUGGCAUUUGAGGGCCAGGACUUCGCUGGCAGGAUGUAUGUGUUAGAAGUGGGGAGCUACUCAGACCUGAGAGCAAUGGGCUGUUUUCACGCGAGUUCCUCCAUCCUGUCGCUGCAAACUGUUGGCUUUGAGUUCUCACUGCCAUCCAUCACUCUCUUUGAGCGGUGUGGUCUGCGGGGGAAGAGGGUGAUUCUGACAGAUGGAUCAGUCAACCUUCAGCUGGCUGGAGGCUGUGGCAGAGUCCAGUCUGUGCUAGUGGAAGGAGGCAUCUGGGUAUUAUAUAAGGAAAUCAACUAUCGGGGAGCUCAGAUUCUGCUGAAACCUGGUGAAGUGCCUGACUGGCGAGAGUUCAGCAGCUGGCUGAAAAUUGGAUCCCUCCGCCCUCUUAUACAGAAGCAAGUGCACUUCCGUUUAAGGAACAGACAGACAGGGCUCAUGAUGUCAGUCACCGGCGAUUUGGAUGAUGUCAAACUGAUGCGUAUCCAAGAAACAGAGGAGACCGAUGGAUUCGAGCAGAUCUGGUCCUACCAGAAUGGGCAUCUCCACUGCAAGCUGCUGGAGGAGUGCUGCCUGGGCCCCAGUGGCAGUGUUACGAUGGCAGGAAGCCGUGUGGGUCUCACCCCAGAGCCAAACAACCAGGUCCACCGCUGGAGCAUCACCCCUGAAGGCUUUAUUCGCUACACCCCCACCUCUGAUCUCGUCCUAGAAGUCAAAGGAGGCCAUCACUACGACAAAACCCAAGUGAUUCUAAACACACUUGAACCACACAAACUACAACAAAGGUGGAAUGUGGAGAUUAUAUGAAAACAUACAAGCUGCUGGACUGGAUCCUUAAUAUUAUUACAGCUCUACUAGAGGCUGCAAAACAAGUGUUCAAGGACAAGGUACGUCGUUGCAGAUGAUCAACCUUUGCUGCAGGACAACUAUACAAAUUUCCAGUGAGAUGGUCAACAUGGAGAGCUAUGGAUAAAUCCGUAAGAAUGUAUUGUUACCCACUAACCCGUACAGAUAGUGGAGCCUGAACUUUUCCUACUUCGUACUUUACACUUCCAGUAAUAUAUCCCAAGGUGUUUUUGUCGUUGUCGUUUUUUUUCAUUGAAUAAAUCAUUUGCCUGAUGUUAAUUAACUUAAACAGUGUUAACACAUAUCUUUUUAUGCACUGUCAUGUUAUAUAUACCCUUACUUUCCAGCUGCAUGCAACAUGAGGAAACAAAAGUGUUUUUUUUUUUUUUUUCUUUGUUUAAUCAAAACUAGACAGCACACAACUCUUGUCUUUUCAAAAUAAAAGUAUUUUUGUCAAUAAAUUUCUUGAAUACAUUGUA